CCACGAGCAGCUCGGAGCACGAGGAGCCCGGUGCACGCGCAUCCCUGUGCACGAGCAAGCCGGUGCACGAGCAUCCCUGUGCACGAGCAACCCAGAGCACAAGUAUCCCGGUGCACGGGCAUCCCUGUGCACGAGCAGCUCGGACUACGACGAGCCCGGUGCACGAGCAUCCCGGUGCACGAGCAUCCCGGUGGACGAGCAUCCCGGUGCACGAGCAUCCCGGUGCACGAGCAUCCCGUAGCCCGAGGAUGUGGAGUCCGCUGCAGGAGCGCGCAGAGCCCGUCCGGGGGCCGGGCACCGCCUCCAUCCCCCUCCUCUGCUUCCUCCUCCUCCUCCUCCUCCUCCUCCUGCUCGGCUUCCUAAUCGGAUGGUUUGCAAAGCCCAGCAGUAAUUGUAGCACCAUCAGUCCUCAGGGAAGUAUGAAGAAAUCAUUUCUGGCAGAAAUGAAAGCUGAAAACAUCAAGAAGUUCUUAUACAAUUUUACCCGACUCCCACAUCUGGCAGGGACAGAGCAGAACUUCCUUCUGGCACAGCAAAUCCAAGCCCAGUGGAAGGAGUUUGGACUGGAUUCAGCUGAGAUCACUCAUUAUGAUGUCCUUUUAUCCCACCCUAAUGAGACUGAUCCCAACUACAUCGCAAUCGUCGACGAAGAUGGAACCGAGAUCUUCAAAACAUCAUUGUUCGAGCCACCUCCGGAAGGCUACGAAAACGUCUCUGAUGUGGUGCCCCCCUUCAGCGCAUUUUCCCCACAAGGCAAGCCUGAGGGGGAUUUGGUAUACGUGAACUAUGGCCGGACUCAGGAUUUCUUCAAGCUGGAGCGGGAUUUGGGAAUCAAUUGUACUGGGAAGAUUGUAAUCGCUAGAUAUGGGAAAAUUUUCAGAGGCAAUAAGGUCAAGAAUGCCCAGCUGGCAGGAGCCAUUGGCGUCAUCCUGUACUCAGACCCAGCUGACUACUGUGCCCCUGGCGUCGAGCCCUACCCGAAGGGGUGGAAUCUCCCAGGGGGAGGGGCUCAGCGUGGCAAUGUGCUAAAUCUAAACGGCGCAGGAGAUCCCCUCACACCAGGUUACCCAGCUACUGAAUACGCCUUUAGGUACGAAAUGGCAGAGGCUGUUGGGCUCCCUCAAAUUCCUGUUCAUCCAAUUGGAUACCAUGAUGCCCAGAAACUUCUGGAGAACAUGGGCGGCUCUCCCCCUCCAGAGACGAGCUGGAAAGGAAACCUCAACAUAUCCUAUAACCUUGGCCCUGGUUUCACUGCAAACUACUCUUCCUGGAAGGUCAAGAUGCGCAUCCAGACCAACAAUAAAGUGACGAGAAUCUACAAUGUAAUCGGCACCCUCAGAGGAGCAGUAGAACCAGACAGGUACGUCAUUCUGGGAGGUCAUCGGGACUCGUGGGUGUUCGGAGGCAUCGACCCUCAGAGUGGAGCCGCUGUCGUCCAUGAGAUUGUCAGGAGUUUGGGGAAACUGAAGAAGGAAGGGUGGAGGCCAAGGAGAACAAUGCUAUUUGCAAGCUGGGAUGCAGAAGAAUUUGGACUGUUGGGCUCUACCGAGUGGGCUGAGGAAAAUUCCAGAAUACUUCAGGAACGUGGAGUGGCUUAUAUCAAUGCAGAUUCAUCUGUGGAAGGAAACUACACUCUGAGAAUUGACUGUACUCCACUGAUGUACUCACUGGUAUACAACCUGACAAAAGAGCUGCCAAGCCCUGAUGAAGGUUUUGAAGAUAAAUCUCUCUUUGAAAGCUGGUAUGAGAAAAAUCCUUCAGAUGAAUUCAUCGGCGUUCCUUGGAUUAACAAGUUAGGAUCUGGCAAUGACUUUGAAGUUUUUUUCCAGCGACUUGGCAUUGCUUCAGGCCGGGCCCGGUACACGAAAAACUGGAAAGUGGACAGAUUCAGUGGCUACCCAGUAUAUCACAGUGUCUAUGAAACCUACGAGAUGGUGGACAGAUUUUACGACCCCACCUGGAAGAAUCACCUCACGGUGGCCCAGGUUCGAGGAGGGUUGGUCUUCGAAUUGGCAGACUCCAUCAUCCUUCCCUUCGACUGCCGCGACUACGCAGAAGCUCUAGAAAAAUAUGCACGCAACAUUUAUGAUAUAGCAAAGAAGUACCAAAAGGAAUUGGAAAGCUACCAGGUAUCAUUUGACUCCCUCUUUUCUGCAGUGAGAAAUUUUACAGUAACAGCUGCUGACUUUCACAGGAGACUCCAGCAAGUGGACCCAAACCGCCCAAUCUCGGUGAGAAGUGUGAAUGAUCAACUAAUGUUUUUGGAAAGGGCUUUCAUCGAUCCUCUAGGAUUACCCGGCAGGCCCUUCUAUAGACACGUGAUCUUUGCUCCGAGCAGCCACAAUAAGUACGCAGGGGAAUCGUUCCCGGGGAUCUUUGACGCCCUGUUUGAUAUUGGGAACCACGCCGACCCCCCGAAGGCCUGGGCCGAAGUCAAGAGGCAGAUCUCCAUCGCGGCCUUCACAGUCCAGGCGGCUGCGGGCACUCUGAAGGAGGUGGCCUGACCCCCUGGGAGGAUUUGGGGUUUGUGGGGUUAGAAUAUACCCUCUUUUGUGCUCGCCUUUUAACUGUAUUACCGGGGCCAUUUUAUAAGUCAGGUUGGGGUUGAGAUCAGUUGUAAAAUAAGGUGGUAAUUAAAAAAAAAAUUAAAAUCACACUGGUAGUUAGAAGGAUGGAAGGGCUAACAGGUAACCUUGGGUCUAAUUUGUUUGGUCCAUUCAGCACUCUUUGUGGGCAGGGAAUAUGUAUUUCACUCUCCCAAGUGCUUAGAACAGUGUGACUGCUUCCAUCCCUCCCUGGCAUUGUAAAUGGGGCUUUAAAGGGCCUCCUUCCCUUUUCACCAAUGAAGGAUCCCCCAACACAGCCUUCCACCAAUAAAACAAAAUGGAAUCUACCCUUUGGUCCUGGCCCAAGUUGAACUAUUCCCCAGAGGAGUUUAGAGAAGCAGCGUGGCUCAGUGGAAAGGGCUUGGAUUUGGGAGUCAGAGGUCAUGGGCUCUAAGCCUGGC